AUGGCAGAACGACGAUGCAUCGGAGGUUUGCAAAGACUGAUCCUCAAAAACGUCGAAUCGUCGACGGAGCGAGAGUUCGGGUCCCAAGUUGCCAGCGCUAAAGAGGACGUUGGUCGAAUGUCCGCCCACCUCAAGAAAUGUGAGCCUGAGAUCGAAAGACUCCAGAGUGAACUCGCCACUCUAGGACUCGCCAAGCUUGAAGUUUCUGAGACUUCCCGAGAAGUCAUGACGGAGAUGGAUGAACAAAUCAUGAGAUUAAAGCCACUACUCAAAACCGGCGAGCAGAAGGGAAUCGAACUCAAAGAGGACCUGGAAGCCAGUCAGACCCGAGAACGCAACUUGAUCCGCGAAAUGGGAGAGAUAAACGAAACCGUCAUCAAAGCGUCCGAGGAACUUUGA